CCACAAAACUGCCACCGCUGAGUUAACAUCGUGUGUUUUUUUUACCUACCUUUUCUCCCCAACCGUUCCCUUCGUACGAGAAACAAGAACAGAUCGAUUCCUCUGUGCGCCGCCGCUCGCCUACCCUGCAGCUCCGGCUGCCCCUUCCGGAGACUGGCCAUCUCCACCGCCAGACCUCGUCCCGUCGCCGGCGGACGUUCCCGCGGCCCUACCUCUCCCUAAGUCUGGCCGACGGAUUCCUCCACGCGCCGACGGACUUCUCCCUUCCCCUCCCGCUGAUGGAUGCAGAUGAUAAUGCACGUGAUGAAGAAAUUCAAAGGAUAAUGCAUCUUCUUGGAGUGGCGCAUGAUUUGGCUGUGUUGGGCUACUAUGGUAAUCUCUAUUCUGAAAAAUAUUUGAAUAAAGCAACUAGGAGGAUUCCACAACAAACUGGGCUUGAAUGGGUGCAUGAACAACUUGAUGAUAGAAAAAGAUGCUACAAAAUGUUUAGAAUGUAUCCAGAUGUGUUUGAGCAACUGCAUAACCUACUAGUUGCUAGCUAUGGGUUAGAGUCAACAAGAGAUAUGGAAUCAGUUGAAUGUUUGGGUAUGUUUCUAUGGAUGGUUGGAGGACCACAAUCAUUUCACCAAGUUGAGAACCGUUUCAGUCGGUCUCUUGAAACAAUUCAUAGGAAGUUCAACAUGGUAUUGAAUUGUUUGUACAAUUUGGGUAAAGAUAACAUAAAACCAGUGGAUCGAAAUUUCACGGAUGUGCAUCCAAGAAUUCAAGAUCCACGCUUUUGGCCUCAUUUUAAAGGUGCCAUUGGUGCCAUAGAUGGAUCGCAUAUUCCAGUUGAAGUUCCUAAGGAAGAAGAAAUUAACCACACCGGAAGACAUGGUUACACAUCACAAAAUCUUCUUGCGAUAUGUGACUUUGAUCUCAGAUUCACGUUUGUAGUAGCUGGAUGGCCUGGUUCGGCACAUGAUACACGCAUUCUGAACCACAGCAUUGUGAAGUAUCCACAACAGUUUCCAACCCCUCCUGAUGGUACAUACUAUCUUGUUGAUUCUGGUUAUCCAAAUAGAAAGGGGUUCCUAGCUCCUUACAAAAACAACACGUAUCAUUUACCAGACUUUCGCCGAGAAGGGCUACCGACAAAGAAGGAAGAAAUUUUCAACUAUGCGCAUGCUCAGAUUCGAAAUGCUAUCGAGCGUAAUUUUGGUAUCUUGAAAAAUAAGUGGCGCAUGUUGAAGGGUAUACCUUCUUACGGGUUGGUUACGCAGAAGAAAAUUAUCCUAGCUUGCAUCGCGCUUCACAAUUUCAUUAGAGACUCUCACUUACGUGACAAGCAGUUUGAUCGUUGCGACUCGGAUGAGAAUUACAUCCCUAAGGUGCAAAGGCAAUCAAUAACGACGCCAGGUGAUAGUGCUCCGGGUGGACAACACACAAGCAGCAUGAACUCGACACGUGAUGAUAUAGCCAACGCAUUGUUCAAUGCUAGAGCCACCUAGAACUAUUUGUGCUAGCUAGGAAAAUAAUAUUGUUAUGUACUUUGGAUAAAUCUAUAUUUGUAACGGAUAUGCCUUUUGGCUAAAACUACCUUCACGUUUGCA